AUGGCAAGUGUACUGAAUUAUUUAUUUAAAAAUUUUGUUUUAAAAGAAAAAAACACAAUUCUGAAAUGUGAUAUAUGGAAACGUCGAUAUUCGAAAAUAACAAGUGUUAAUGUAAACAACUGGAAUAACAUCCAUAAAGAAAUAAUAAAUAAAAUAAAUGAUAGUGAUUUUGUUUCGAUUGAUGUAGAAUACACAGGACUCCAUUUAAAAGAUGAGAGAUACAUAUCUAUUGAUUCUAGUUAUGAAGCACAUUGUUAUGGAGCCAAAUCUUUUUUUCCAUGUCAAAUUGGAAUAACUGUUGCCAGGAAGAAAGACGUAAUUUUGAAAGAAAAAUGCACUGCAGACGAAGAUUACAAUUUCAAAAAAAGGAGUAUACAUAAUAUUAAAUUAUUAGGACAUAACAGUGAAAAAAUAGAUCGGAAAUACUCUUCAAUAAAUUAUCAAGAAUGGGAGAUAUCACCGUACUGUAUUUAUGUAUUUCCAAAAGAAAAUAAAUGCUUUAGUGUGUCAACGACAACUCUUAUAUUUUUAAAAGAAAAUAAUUUUGAUUUUAAUGAAUGGAUAUUUAAUGGUGUUGGAUAUUUAACACCAAAUGAAGAAGAAGAAAGAAAAAAAAACAUUUUUGAAAAAAUCGAUGAAUUAAAAAAUUUGAUGAAUAAAUGUAACACAAAAACUAGGAAUACACACGGAAAGGAGUGUAAUGGCAAAAAAAAAAAAAUUGAUAUAGAGAAAAUUAUUCAUGAAAUAGAAAAUUAUAAAAUUGUUGACGAUGAGGAUAAAGAAGCUGUUAUUGAAAUAAUAAAGAAGAUUGGAGUUUGGUUAUCUCAGGGGGCGAAGGACAAUCCUGUGGAGAAUUUCAUUCACCAAGGUGAUAAAACAAAAUUGUCUGAAAAAGAUGACUGUAAAAAUAUGUGUCCAAUACACGAAUCAGAAAAUGGAGAAAAGGCGUCCUACUCGCGUAAUAACAAUGUAGGAUCUCCAAAAAAUGGUAAUAAAGCGAAUGAUAACAAUAGCAUGGGAACAAGUUGUCAUAGAGCUUACAGAAACUGCAAUGAAGAAGAUAAUAAUUCAACACCUAGUGGAAGAAUAACUGAUUCCGUAGGAAUUGGUACUUAUAACGACAUUCUUUCUGUUUCCACUACCAAAAAUAAUCAUGAAUGUUGGGAUGCUAAAAAUGAAGAUCCAUCAUUCGGAUAUGAAAACCAGGGAGAUGGGGAAAAAAAGACGAAUUUUUUGUUUGAUUCUAAUAAAAUUGAUGAUGAUCCAUCAGAUUAUCCGUUAUAUAUAGAAAUUGAAAACCCGUAUCUUCGAUUAUUAGCUCAUACAUUAAUAACGAAAUAUUUCAAUGACAUUUUCUGUAUAUCUGUCAAGGUGAACGAUAGAAAACAUUUAGCCAUCUAUAGAACUGAAAAGGAUUCAUAUAAAGAACAAAUAAGAACAUUUGAACUAGAAAUAGAAAAAAUAAAUGAAACAAUUGGAGUAAGAUUACUAUUUGAUGUAAUUAUAAAAAAUAAAAAAAUAAUCAUAGGGCAUAACUGUUUUUAUGAUAUUUUACAUAUAUAUCAGACAUUUUAUCAUGAUUUGCCAAAUUCUAUUAGCUUAUUUAAAAAUAAAUGGACAGAAUUAUUUCCAUACACAUUUGAUACGAAAUAUAUGAAUGAAACGAAUGAAUACUUAUAUGCAUUAAAUGGACCCGCAACUCUAAAGGGUUUGUGUGAAUAUAUGGCUUCUCUAAUUUCGUCUAGCAAUGAUUUUGAUUUUGCUUUUAAUUUUAUGAAUGGUCAUUCAGAUCUUCCUCAUUGCUUCAUCCCUCUUGUGAAAUCGGAAAAUCACGCUGAUUCAUGUGGAGAGAUAGAUAAUUCGUUGGAAUGCACUAAAGGCAAUAAUUCAAAUAAUGAAAAGAACGAGGAAAGAAAUUCUGAAGAUAUGAAAAAUUACAACAAGUGCGAGAAUAUGAGAGAUGAAACGUGUCCAAAUGGAAGAGAAUUGUUUUAUACCCCAAUAAGUAACCAUGAUAACAACAUAAAUGCAAGAAUGAGUGAUGAACAUAAUGCAGGUUACGAUAGUCUCUUAACAUGUCUACUUUUCAUACUUCAGUGCCAUUAUAUAUUGAGAAAAAAUAAUAUGUUGUGGAGAAAUGUUUAUUUUAAUAGAAAAAAUGGUAUGAACGAAAGUGAAAAAUCUUUUUUUGAUAUUUUUUUAAGUAUGUGUAACAAAAUAAAAAUUGUAAAGACACAGCCAAAUGUCGUAUCGUUAACUAGCACAGAAAAUUACGAAAUGGCAAGACAUUUUUAUAUGUAUGGUUAUCCAAAUUAUUUUAAAAAAUGGGAAAUAAUGAAAAUUUGGUCCCCCAUAUGGGUAUCAUUAAGUAAGGUAGAUGAUCAGUCAUGUUGGAUAAUAGCCAAAAGUGAUGAUGACGCGAAAAAUAUUAAAAUGAUAUAUAAAAUGUUGCAAAAUCCCCAAUUUAAAUUGUGUACUUAUGAGGAGUACUUAAUCAAGUUUAAAUCGAAAUAG